CCUUGCAUCAUGGACAGGAUCAAAGCUCCAGCUGUUAUAUCCCAGAGGAAAAGACAGAAAGGGCUGCAUUCCCCAAACCUUUCCUGCAGUUAUGAAAUAAAAUUCAACAAGUGUGUCAUUUUUAUUAUGCAGAGGAAGAUGGGGAUGACCAGAAGGAUGUUCUUGAUGGAGUUGGCAAGAAGAAAAGGUUUCAGAGUAGAAACUGAGCUAAGUGAAUCUGUCACUCAUAUUGUGGCUGAGAACAACUCCUACCUGGAGGUGCUGGACUGGCUGAAAGGACAGGCUGUGGGUGACAGCUCCAGGUUUGAACUACUGGAUAUCUCCUGGUUUACAGCCUGCAUGGAAGCAGGAAGACCAGUUGAUUUAGAAAUGAAGUAUCGUCUCAUGGAACAACAUCAAUCUCUUCCUUUGAAUACACCUGAACUGGAAGUGCCAUCAUUUAUUGCAAGACAAGUAUCUCAGUAUUCGUGUCAAAGGAAGACAACUUUAAAUAACUACAACAAGAAAUUCACGGAUGCCUUUGAGAUAAUGGCUGAAAAUUAUGAGUUCAAAGAAAAUGAAAUAUUCUGCCUGGAAUUUCUGAGGGCAGCUUCUCUGCUGAAAUCUCUUCCAUUUCCAGUAACCAGAAUGAAAGAUAUACAAGGGUUGCCUUGCAUGGGGGACCAAGUCAGAGAUGUCCUUGAGGAGGUUAUUGAGGAGGGAGAGAGUUCUAGAGUUAAGGAAGUUCUCAAUGAUGAGCGAUACAAGGCAUUUAAGCAAUUUACUUCAGUCUUUGGAGUGGGAGUUAAGACAUCUGAGAAAUGGUACAGAAUGGGUUUGCGAACAGUGGAAGAGGUAAAAGCUGAAAAGACCCUGAAGCUGUCAAAAAUGCAGAAAGCAGGAUUUCUCUACUAUGAAGAUCUUGUUAGCUGUGUAUCUAAGGAAGAAGCGGAUGCAGUAAGCUUGAUUGUCAAGAAUGCUGUGUGUAAAUUUCUACCAGAUGCUUUAGUUACCAUAACUGGUGGUUUCAGGAGGGGUAAGAAGAUUGGACAUGACAUAGACUUUUUGAUCACCAAUCCAGGACCCAGAGAAGAUGAUGAACUUCUGCAUAAAGGCUUGCUCCUAUAUUGUGAUGUUGUUGAAUCAACAUUUGUAAAGGAACAGCUACCAAACAGAAAAGUUGAUGCCAUGGAUCAUUAUCAGAAGUGUUUUGCAAUUUUAAAAUUAUAUCUGCCAAGAACAGACAACAGCAGUUACAACACAUCAGAGAAAUUGGAUACGGCAGAAGUCAAAGACUGGAAGGCAAUCCGUGUGGAUCUGGUCAUAACCCCCUUUGAGCAAUAUGCAUAUGCUCUGUUAGGCUGGACAGGCUCCAGGCAGUUUGGCCGUGAUUUGAAGAGGUAUGCUUCUCAUGAAAGGAAGAUGAUAUUGGAUAACCAUGGAUUAUAUGAUAGGAGAAAGGUACUGUUUAUUCUCAGAAAUAAAGCUAUUGUG